GAGUUCUUAUUCUUCCAAUUAUCGUAGUCCCUUUACAGUUUAAUACUAGCUACCUACUAGGCAGAUAUAGGGCCUGGCAAUAUAUUUUCACGUCUAGCAGGAUAUUUUAGGGAAUAUUGAAGAGUGAAAUGUUGAAUAGUUACCUAACCUUAGUUACUUUGCACCAUCUAUCUAACGACAACGGGCCUUGCUAAGACGUCGGGUUGUCAUCUCAAGAUGGAGAGAAAGAAAAGAAUCGUGUACCAACUGGACACACCGUAUUCAGCAAUAUCAUGGCCUAACAUCAAUCUCGAAGACCAAGACACAAUCCUCGAGCUUCUAUGCAAUCUGCUUGCCCCUUUAGGUCAAUACCGCUCAGAGCACCUCACGUUAUCGAACGGCAAACGUGAGAGGAAGCGGAAGCGCAAAGCACCUAUAGCACAACCUCAGCAUCUCCCUCCUCCUCCUGUACCGGAACUCAAGCUGUAUGUGGACGUUGGUCUCAGUGCUGUCACACGCUAUUUGCAGGAGACAGCAUCCAAGGAACACAGUGGGAAGUCCAAUGCUGAAGACAAAGGCGUUUGUCAAGAACCACCCAUUACCUAUUCGGCUAUCUUUGUGACUCGGUCUGGGCAGCCAAAUGUUCUCAAUGGCCAUCUACCUCAAAUGGUAGCUGUUGCCUCGAAAGCACAUCCCAUGGUAGCUCCUACUCGGCUAGUGGGGCUAUCAAAGGCCUGUGAGGAUCGAUUGUCGGAAUGUUUGGGUAUCCCUCGUGUCUCCUGCAUAGGGUUGAGGGAAGGUGCUCCAAGCUCAAAGGCUCUGGUCGACUUUACACGGCAGCAUGUCCCGGUCAUCGAGGUGAUGUGGCUAGACGAGGCAAGAACAACUGAGCAUAAGGAGACGAACAUUAACGUUAUCGAAACGUUUGUUGGUAGCAAAAAGCAGCAUAAUCGUGGGCCACCGCAGUCAUAAUCCUAACUAAGCAUUAUACCAGUUAGCUCUCAGUACAGAUAAUUACCAUUGUGAUAGGGGUUAUGGUUUGGAUGUGUUUUUAUACAUGGAUUAUUAUCUCAGGUGCUCUACAUGUAGAAAGAUGUUGCGUCUCUGUGCUGUUUGUACUUUGGCGGUUGCCUGCGUCUGCGAGUUCCAAUGGCCAAGAAACUUGCUAAAUGGAACGAUGUAAUAACACAUCAAAGGAGCACUGUCUCGUAUUGCCAGAAUCACUGAUAGACGUACCGUCAUAUGUACAUGUAGUAAGUCCUGGG